AUGGAGCCUCACAAUUUGCAUAUCUCACACCUUACUGCUUUGGUAGUCGACAAUCUUCGGGACCAACAUGACUGGACAAACAUUCGAGUUCAGUCACCUGCCAACAACGUCGAUGGCCAUUUGCCCCGACCUGUUCUGAGCGGCCUGCCCCCGCGCAGAAUCUAUGUGCACCCCGACGAGCAGAUCGAGGCCCUCCAGUCCGGACAACCUGUCGACACACAGGCUGCACAACGGCCAGAACUUGAGUGGGUUGUGCCAGUUCACAUCACCGAGAAGCUGUCCCUUCGCAAAUUCUCCGCUAUA